AUGUUCUUUCCUGAUCCUGCGGCGAUAGCCUGCUGCGCUGCCACAUGCGCCUGUGGAAUUGGUAGCAUUUGUGUGUAUCGUAACAGACAGGCAAUCCCUCAUCCCUCUGAAUGUUACCUUUUGGGCCUAUGCUUCCGGAAACUCGGCUGUCAUGACCAUGAUAAGUUUGACAUGCUGGUGGAGGUCCAUGAAAUCAUGAAUAUCGAAGGAAAUGGACAGUUUUCUGUUGAACUGCGAGCGGGUAGAUUCUUCGCGCGGACCACCCAAAGUGAAGCCAGGAAAACCAAAGUAGAAAUUCAGGAACGGCUUACUCUGCAUGUGAGACAGUGCGAGCGAGAAAUUCAGGUGCGGGUUCUUCGCCAUGGUGUCAUUGGCUCUGAGCCAGUUGGAGAAUGCCGCAUCAAAGUUAAAUCGGAUUUAAUUGACGUGGGGUUUCCAAAAAGGCAAAGUUAUGCUUUGAUGAACGCAGGGAAAAUCUCGUGUAAAAUCAUUCUAUCGUUUCACCGUCUAGAUACCGCAAAUGUAAAUCUUGGGGAGUAUCAGAUGUCGCCUCUAAUCCACCAGGCUCUUCUUCAUGCUCAAUACGAAGCAGAAGGGAGAGGAGAGCCUUUAAAAAUUGAUAUUAAUAGCAUGAGCGACCUGCAGAGGCUCCGCUUUUUCAGCAAAGUAUUGGAGGGGCCCCUCAAACUUAUGAGUUCAAUCGGCGGUUCCUGGAUCCCUCUCUACUUCAAGGCAACUGAAAGACGCAAUGGAAAAUGGGAAUGGCAAUAUUGGGAUUCCAAGGAGGAAUGCCUCUCUGGUGCAAAAAAAAAAGGUGGUUACUCAUUUUUGGCAAUCAGCUUAGUGCUUCCGGACAAGUAUGACCGCAAUACAUUCUACAUGCGCUACCACAACCACCAAGGGGUUCAUGAUUUGUUUUUUCGACGCGUCGAUAGGGACAGGAACUUGUGGUCAAACGGCCUCUAUGAAUUUAUCGAAAAACUACGAGAGUAUCUGGAAAAAUCACCAGAGCUACCUGCGGCUGAAGCGUAUCUUGAAAAGAAACGGCAAAUCGAUGAGGAAGCUGACGGAAAGUCAGGCAAGCACAAAAAAAGUGGCUCUAAGAACCUUUCGAAGAACCCCAGAGGUGAAUUGGCCUUCAGUCGUUCUCAGGACCUCUUAGACAUAAAACGCAUUGCAAGCCCUAGACAAACGGCGGCAACUGAGCAGGAGAGGCCUCGCAUUGCGGAGCUGAAAAGGCGAAUGGUUGAUGGGCUCAUGAUGGAGGCGGCAAGCGACGACAGCGAUGCUACAGAUACAGCUAACGGGAAGCAAAUUGUUGCGUGGAACAAAGAAAACGCCUCGUCUUCCAAACCCCAAUUUUCGAAGAUGUAUUCGCUUGAUGAUUAA